AUGUCUCCAUACAACAACAACAACGACAAAAGCUCACCAGCAUCGCCUCCCGCCAUGGCAACGCAUGGCAACGCUGAAUGUGACAGACCUUUGACACCCCGGGCCUCAACAGCCACCCCAGCCGUUUCCGACCCAGCAUGCGUUUCACCCCUCGACCGCGUCACCGUGCAAGACUUGAUCACCGGAGUUGUAAACAGCAUGGCCUCUGUCAUUCGAGACAGUGAGGCUCGAACAGCAGCACUGGUCGCGGAGGCGGUGGCGAACAGCCGCGCUGAGGCCGAGGCGAGAUCCGCCUUGUUUAUUGAGGAAACGGUGGCUGCGCGCGUCGCCGAGAUCGCCAAGUCCUCACCGAAUCACAAGGAAGACACCGUCAACGCCUACCAGCUUCAGACAGCCGUUUCUGAGGCCGAGCAGCGCAUGCAGUCAGCUCUUGCUGCACAGUGCGCCAAGGUCAACGACGUUGUCCGUGAGGAGACUCGGCAAAUUAUGGCUCGAGACAGGGAUUUGCUGGUAGAGGGUUGUUCGGCCCUGAGUGCCAGGGUUGACGUUCUGACCAGUAUCACCGACGACUCUCAAGGUCAUUUACGAGCUCUGCAAGCGUCGCUCGGCGACAUGCGCAGCCAGAUGAACGAUUUGCAAAGCUCACUUGGCGCCAUUCAGCAGAGACAGGAGAUUCUUGAAGCCAGGCAAAUGACCCUUCUCCGGGACCACGGGGCAUUGAAGACCGACCUUAGCUCAUUGAAAGCCGACCAGAAUUCGAAGAAAGCCGACAUCAAGGCAAUCAAGUCGAGGCAGGAGGCGUGUGAACAACAGCUGCAGGGCUUCGAAUCGAGGCUCCGGUCUCAGAAGAAAGAUAUGGUGGAGGUACAUAAGGCACAGAAACGCCUGGACAAACAGCCCGGAAUGGGCAGCAUCAAACUGAAAGAGCUCACCACAGCUCAGGAGGUUAUCCAGGGGAAGCACGAGGACAUGGUCAAAACGCAGCUCGAACUCCGCGAGUCCCUUGACGCGGUGGAGGAACGCGGCGCCGACUUCGACACCGCCAUUGCCUCUUUUAAGACCCAGCUGAUAGAUAUGAAGGACAGCUAUAGCGCUUUGAGGCAGCAGCACGCCCUGCUCAAGGAGGAGGUGCUCAGGCUGAAGUUGUUCCGGGUUCCGUUGUCCCAGCAAAGCCCGUGGGGAAGAACCCCGGACGGCGACUCGCUGGAAACCCUGCUGAAGAAUGAAUCACGGCUCGAGUCUGGCUUCAGCAAGAUGGUCAAGCGUCUGGACAAGCGUCUUCUGGCUCUCGAGAACGUUGGCGCCCCCGGUAUCUCACCCACCCUCGAUGCCCGUCUCGCCCAGCUUGGUGCAGAAAUCGAAUCGGUGCGCAACAGCAAGGAGAAGCUCGAGCUGGCUUUCCGCAAGGAUGUCAGGAAGCAGCAGAAGAGCCUUACCGUGAUCGACAAUCGCAUAGACACUCAGGACAGCCUCGCAUGGAAGAUACAGGUCAAGCUCAAGGCUCUGGCUCUGGCGGUCGCGCAUGACAUGGACCUGGACGACUUCAGCGCGGACGACUACCCUGACCUCCUCACCGAAUCCCGCCGCCUCGCUCGAUUCUCGAGAGAUCCACACGUCAGUAUCGAGGCAACAACGCAUGCGCGUUGGCUUGCUACGGAGAUUGAGCGACGUCGCUCCGGCUGA